CGACCGCCUGCGGCCGCCCAAAGCACAAAUGAGGAAACCUGAAUUCGAAAACACUCAGUCUAGCAUUCACUCUCAGCCUUGCCUCAGCAAAUCUUGCUUGAGAAAAAUUAUAGUGUUUUUUGUGCGUUUCUAGUGUGCAAUCUGGUGUUUACAUUACAAACAAGGAAUACAGGAUAUUUGAAGCAGCAGGAAGCGGAUCUCUAAAGCUUCAGCAUGCUUUAUUUGUGGACUCCUAUUGUGGUCGCACUAUUCUUGAUCAGUACCAGCUUCACACCGGUAGAAGGCUGUAAUGAAGCUGUUUGCGGAAGCGUAGUCAGCAAAUGCCUCCUCACAAAAGCUUGCAAUUGCGAUUUCAAUUUCGACAAUUGCACUUGCUGCAAGGAUUGCUUGAAUUGCUUGGGAUAUUUAUAUAACGAUUGCUGUUCUUGCGUGGACAUGUGUCCAAAACCAAAUUCAACCAGCAGUCCUUUAAGCAAAAAAUCCCAUGUUGAAGACUUCCAGGAAACAGUUCCAGGCCUAUUUAGUGCCCUAACCGAAGCCCCAGACAGCUACAGCCGUUGGAACAGCACUACUUUUCCCAUUGACAUAGAUAUUAGUCAGUACGCUAACAAAAAAGAAGUAAAACUAUUGAUGCAACAGAAUAAUAAUAAUGCCGAACAACAAGUAAUACCAGAAAAACCCAACCCUAACAUUUACACGGUUAAUUGCACCGUUGCGUUUUGGUCACAGUGCAUGAGCUGGACAAAAUGUAAAAGUAGCUGUCAAAGCAUGGGGGCUUCUAGCUAUAGAUGGUUCCACGACGGGUGUUGUGAAUGUGUCGGCGACAGAUGCAUUAACUAUGGAAUUAAUGAAAGCCGAUGUGGUGGUUGUCCAAUAGAUGAUUUGACACAGGAAAACACUAUUGAUGACGAUGACGAGUUGGAUUAUGGAGAAAAUGACGAGGAUGAUGAAUUUAACGAUUAGUUUUUAAAUGAGCAAAAAAUCAAAAUCUCUGUUUCUGUUAUCUAUAUACAAGAUAUUUAACAGAUUUGAUAGAUAAAUUCCCUUCUUAAAGACUGCAGGCUGUAUAUUUAAAAUAUACAGACUUUUUAGUCAAUUGAGCCAUAUUUUAUUUAUUUAUUAGUAGCAUUUUUUUAAAACCAAAAUUUAUUUUUGUAAAAGCACAGCUUUUAAGUUGACUUACAUACAAUGCAUUUCUCGUUACAGUUUAGGUUUAAGGUGAAUCAUUCUAGCCGGAAUUCUUUGUAAAGAUGUGUUGAGAUUAUUUGCACAUAAGCAAUUGACAAUAAAUUAGCAUAAUUCUUAGGCACUAGCAAUUCUUGAAGGAUAUUUUCUCUAGUGCCAUCUUUAUGGUAGGUAUUCAUGACCUAUUUGUUUCAAGUGCACAUUUAAAAUGCAUCAAUGAUUGCCCAAUAGGUCCAAAAAUAUGUUUAAAAUAAUUUAAAUUGUAUGUAAAUAUUUGUAUGUAUAUUUUUGUACAAAAGAACCAAGUGAUUAAUAAAUUAAAUAAUAAAUAGCUUCAAGUUGCAAUAAUAAUUAUUGUUAUAUAAGUUGGAGGCUAAUAAUAAAUAAGGCAAUAAAAAUCAUUAAAUUUCUUUUAUUAUUGGAUUAUUACAUUCACCUUAAAUUAACGUAGAAUCCAUCUACAAAUACCGCUGAGUAGAAUAGAAAACCUUCGUCCAGCAAAGGGGGUACAUAGAGUAAAGCCGUUCUUAAUUCUUACAUGACUAGAACUAAUGGGACAAUAAGCAACAAAUAGACAUAAAAAUAAAGAUUGUCAAAAUUAUUCAGGGACUUCAUUACAUAAUUUUUUGGCCCAAUUAUCACAUCGAGAAUACAUUUGAGUAAUAUCUGAGAAUAUUCUAUUAAGCGGACAUCAAUAAGACCCAGGAAAAAGCAGGAGAAAGUGCAAACUAGCUUGAAUCAUGCGAUUUUGUUUGUUGCAGUAUUGCUAGUUUGCACUUGCAUUCAGUGGUCAAAGUGAGACUAUCUUGUCAUUUAGGAGAACGUGCACACUUUCAAUGUAAAUUUGUAAAUACAUAAACAAAUCAUAUUUCCAUCCAACACUUUUCUUUUAAGUUGCCAUGUAGUUUGAUUUAUUGUCUCAAGUAAAAUCUAUUUCACAAAGCUGGAAAACAAAAUAAUGAAUGUACUUAUAGCUCAUAGGUUGCUGACAAUGAAAAUUAUAGGGUGAAUAUUGUUGUCGGCUCUUACACUAAACAAUCCGUAGAUACAACGCGCCCUCUCUUAUAAUAGGAGGGAAAUCUACAUUUUCCCAACAAUAAAUUGAGCAAACUCAAGAACUGAGAUACCACGAUUAUUGAAAUUCUGUGGCGGCUUCUCUAUACUUUGGCUGCAAACCAUAGAAAAUUCCAGUAAAACUAUAAACACAAUAAUUUUCAAAAUCUCUUAAAAACUAAUAAGACCAGUAGUAAGCAAACUUGUGAUAAUUUGGUAAGAGUAACUUCAAUAUUUUUCAUAUUGGCUGAACAGAAGAUGUUUUGCCUUUUUUUUUUUGGCUCAUAGAACAUACCCCCCGUCAUUAUUUCUCACUUCAACCACUGCCUGCAACACCAAAUAAUAUUUGAUUUUUUCUCAAUCAAAUUUUUGAUAUGCCUAAAUUUAAUAAUAUAUUAUUCAUGCAUCUGACCUGCAAAUCCAAUAUCAGUCUAUAUAGGUUUUGGGAAUGUGCUAAAACCGCUACGUUCAGUCGGAGGGUCAUCAGUAUCACUAUCUUCUUGCGGUUCCUGACUUUCAGGAAGCCUAAUAAAAGGUAGAUGCUCACUUCCGCUCCACAUUGAGUAUAAAUUCGUAUGUAAACGUAUGGCGUC